AUGCUACUUGUUAUACUCUUUAUAAUGGUUUUGCCUGGCCUGAAGGGUUUACCUACACCAGCACCAUCUCAGUUACCUUCCCUUAUUAAAAAGUGUCACUUCAGCAACGAUUCCUGUCUGAUUGACAGCUUUAACAGCUUUAUCGAGGUCUUUGCCAGAGGUAUGCCUAGGCUGGGCUUCAAGUCCUUUGACAAAUUUCCCCUUCCCGAUAUUCCCGUGUACAAUUGCUCCCACGAUCGUCCCAUUUGGAUGUCCUUCAUCCUCAGGAAUCCGGUGUUUAAGGGCCUGGAAAAUGCAACGGUGUAUCGAGUCAAGGGAUUCGACCGAGAUCCCACCAAGAUGAUUAGGCUCAAGUACAGAAUACCACGGGUCGAAGUCGAGGGCUUCUUCUACUACCAAAUAAAGGUAGGGUUCUUUGAGACCAGUGGUUCUGGCCCCAUAAAGUUUGACCUUCAGAACGCCCGCUUCACCACCAUCUUCAAGGUGUACAUUGAGUUUCGAAAGGAGAAGCGCCACCUGAAGCUGUACAGCUUUGAGUCUCAGCUGGAACUGGACCGUAUGAUCUUCCUGCUGGACAAUCUCUUUGCCGACAACUCGGACCUGACGUUUGCCAUAAACAAGGUACUUAACACUCACUGGCUGGAAUUCUGGAACGAACUCGAACCAAACUUCAUACCUGCCCUCAGUAGAAUGGGCGUCAAUAGAACCCAGGAAUUCUUUGAUCACUUUUCCUAUGACGAUUUAUUCCUAAGAGAUGAUGAACAAUAA